UUUACAAAUUUCUUGGCAAACUUAACAUACCCUGUUUAGGGUUUACAAACAAAAAAUAUUAAAACUACAAAAAUAUCAGUUUUGGUGAAGUCAAAAUUAAAAACAAGAAAUAUUUUUUCAAUUUUGUCAGUCUAUGCUAACAUUGGUAUAUUUCUGCACGUUUAUUUCAAGCGAACAAUAUGAAUUGCUCACGCCAUCAGCGUUACGAUUGCAGCGUAUGCAAUGAAGAUUUUCCUAGAGUUUCCAGCUGCAAUAUCAAUUUACUUUCACUGGAUGAGAUUGUGCAAGUUAUGCAGAAAGUAGUAAACGAAACAGUCUGUACAGCGCUGCAAUGGAUAUUGAAUGAUGUCACAGGUGAAUAUUUCUAUCCUGAUCCGAAAAUUGUACCCGAUACCAAAGAGGAAUAUCCCGACUUUCUUAGCUUUGAUGCUAUAUAUAAGGAGAAGUGUAUUAAUUGGGUUAAUAUACAGGACUUUUCGGUAAAUGAAAUAUUCCAGCAAGUACGCGAUUAUAUAUAUCUUUGGAAUUUAUCGGAAUGUACGAAAUUUACGCUCGCCCUCAAUGACAAAGCCACUAUUGUGCCAAAUAAAGGUUCGAGAUAUUUUCUAGAUGCGACUUUUUCGAAACCCACACCGGCUUGUCCCAACCCCUUAGCUGUGGCUAAUGUACAUUUCACCGCUAUUGUACCGGCACAUUUGCCUAAAAAUUAUCCCGUCAAAGUAAUGUAUCGUUUUGAGGGUUAUCGUAGACAAUAUCAUACGUAUGGUCGGCAUGAGGUGCGCAGCAAGGAUUUCCAGAGAUAUUUUAUCGAUUCGAUAUUGCAAACAAAGUUAAUAUUCUAUUCGAAAAUAUUUGAAUGUCGUCAUCCACAUGUAAAAUUGAACGAAAAUCCAUUAUUACCUGAUGAAGCAGAAGAGGAAAAUGAGAGUAAAAUUUUUUACAGUGAUAAAUCAGAUGAUGAUGAAGACGUAUGGCGGAAGGACCAAGCGGAUGUGUUAAGCCUGAUUAGCUCGCUGUUGAAGAAGUAAACAAAAACUGUGUAGAAGACGAACUUAGACUGGAUAAUAGUUGGUUCCUAUACUACUCUUUGUACUCAUUGCUCGAUUUAAUUCUAUGAUAUAUGAUAUAUACGCACAUAUGUAGCAAAAUUUCGAAAAUAUUAAAUUUUUAAAUUUUUUUUCUGA